AUGGCUUUAUUGACCCGAUCUGAUCUUUUGUUUUACGUCAGCUAUCUCCAGCUCUCCGCUGUCUCUGUCCUCCACUCUGAAAUUAACUUCCUGUGUGUUCAGGACUACCUGCUGUGGAACCGUCUGGGUGCCACGUUGGCGAACGGAGACCGCAGCGAGGAGGCGGUAGAGGCUUACACCAGAGCCCUGGAGCUGCAGCCCGGAUUCAUCCGGUCCAGGUACAACCUGGGGAUCAGCUGCAUCAACCUCGGAGCUCACAGGGAGGCAGUCAGUAACUUCCUGACGGCUCUGAACCAGCAGAGGCGGAGUCAGCGCUGCAGCCAUCAGCAGAUGUCGGCUAACAUCUGGGCCGCCCUGCGAAUCGCCAUCUCCAUGAUGGACCGACCCGAGCUGUUCCAGGCCGCCAACGUCGGGGACCUAGACCUGCUGAUGAGGGCCUUCGACGUGGGCGAUGUGUGAUGGCGGAGACGGGCGGGACAGUUUGGUUUGAAACCAAAGAGCAAUGGUGGAAAGCAAUAGAACAGCACAACCCUUUAGCUUCCUGUAGGAACACUUCCUGUUUGUAAUGCUGAUGGCGAGACGUUCGGGGCGCCGACGCCUCCUGAAAAAGUCCUCUAAUGUCUUCAGUUCACUUUUCAAGAUUAGGCCUUAAAGCCAUGAAGAAUAUGAGUUUAUAAAGUCUUAAUUUAAAGAGAAACUGAACAGCUCCUGUAGCCACACCCACCAGUGAUGUCACAGUGUAUCUGGAGUACAUUUCUACAUCACUGAGUUCAACCACUGGACACUGUUCAGUUGCUCUUUAAAGGUUCUUUAUUUUCUAGUU